AUGCCGGCAUCCGACCCUGACCCGGCCGACCCAGACGGGAAGGCCCAGCCGCUACAAGAGCUUGCUGACGUUCGGCAACGGCAUCAUCAGAGGUUUCAGGAGCGGGAGCAGAAGGCUGCAGAAGAACAGCGAAAACGAGAGUUGCAGCAGCAGGAGGAGCAGGAUGCCGUGCUCGCGGAGCAGUUCGCCAAGGAAGAGGAGGAGGCGAGACUGAGGCAGUUGGAGGCUGACGAGGAAUACAGUCGGCAACUUGCAGCGCACCUGAAUCCUGGCAAUCCUGGAGGAAGCCACCCGCUGCAAGAGCUCCGAGGCCAGCCACAUGCAAACUCAGUCGCAGAUGAUGAUGCCGAGCUGGCACACUACCAGCAACUUGAGGACUCAGAGGCCGAGGGCUACCGUGCGCCAAUGCGGACUGGCUACGUCGAUCGUCUGAUCGACACGCCCCAGGAUCUAUCCUGGGCAUGGGCCAUGCUGCAAGGCCAAGGCGACUCCGCCAGGGAGCCCAUGGUGGCUGCGGGGCAAGAGGAGGCGGCUCCACUUGCCCUUGCCAGCCGUGGGAUGUGCUUGCGAAUUGCGGUACCCGUGCUGGCUGGGGUGAGCCUGGCUUUCUUCAUCUACGCGUCGGGCACAGCAGGCCGCUGA